AUGUCUCUCAAACUCCAUGAAGUCACCACCGAUGCAGAGUUCGGUCCUGUUGUUGCCGUCGAGACUGAAGCUUUUAACGAUCCCUUUUUCGGAUUUUGGCAGGUAUUCUAUGGCAGCACGUCGCAAGAAGAAUUUUGUGCCCGCCAAGCGUCUUGGCAUAAAGGCGACCCCAGUAGCAACUGGAUCUACGUAACGGACGAAGAGACAGGAAGCGUAAUCGGCGGGGCACAAUGGAACAUCUAUAAAGAAAAUCCUUACGCCAAGGAAACAGCGAUGCUGACGCCAUACUGGAUACCUGAAGGUACCUUCAAAGACAUAGCAGGUCAGCUUCUCCAUAGUUUCUUAAGCUACCGCCCUACGCGGAUGAACGAACCCCAUAUACUACUCAACUUUUGCUUUACACAUCCUAAGCAUCGACGCCGUGGCGUCGGCCGGCUAUUAAUGGAAUGGGGGAUAAAAAAGGCUGAUGAAUGGGGCUUGCCGUCAUAUAUAGAAGCUACGGAUAUUGGACUUCAACUGUAUGAAGCAUUCGGCUUUAAGGUGGAAGGGGAGCUUAAUUUGGAUGCUACCACCGGGGAUCCGUCUGAGGAAUUUACCAAGUUGCGAGAGAAACUUGGGUGUCCUAUCCACGGAUGGUUCAUGCGUAGACCAAAGUAUGGAAAGCUUGAGCAAUAG